AUGGAUAAGUCCCAACAGCCCAGUUCCUUCCAGCAGCUGGAAAAGCUCGGUGAAGGAACCUAUGCUACCGUCUUCAAAGGUCGCAAUCGCCAGACUGGAGAGAUGGUGGCGCUCAAGGAAAUCCAUCUCGAUUCGGAGGAAGGGACGCCGUCCACCGCUAUUCGUGAGAUUUCCCUGAUGAAGGAACUGAAGCACGAGAGUAUCGUCUCGCUAUACGAUGUCAUCCACACCGAGAACAAACUCAUGCUCGUUUUCGAGUUCAUGGACCGAGACCUAAAGAGAUAUAUGGACACCCGCGGUGAUCGCGGACAACUGGACCCUGCCACCGUCAAGUCUUUCAUGCACCAGCUCCUCAAGGGCAUCGCCUUCUGCCACGACAACCGCGUACUUCACCGCGAUCUCAAGCCGCAGAACCUCCUGAUCAAUAAAAAAGGACAGCUCAAGCUGGGUGAUUUUGGUCUAGCCCGCGCUUUCGGUAUCCCAGUCAACACCUUUUCGAACGAGGUCGUCACUCUGUGGUAUCGGGCGCCGGAUGUCCUCCUGGGUAGUCGCACCUACAACACCAGCAUCGAUAUCUGGUCAGCCGGAUGUAUCAUGGCCGAGAUGUACACCGGUCGACCGCUUUUCCCAGGCACAACCAACGAGGAUCAAUUGACAAAGAUCUUCCGUCUGAUGGGUACGCCAUCCGAGCGCACAUGGCCUGGCAUCUCGCAACUUCCGGAGUACAAGCCCAACUUCCACAUCUACGCGACGCAGGACCUGUCCUUGAUCGUCCCUCAAAUGGACCACAUUGGCAUGGACCUGCUGAACCGCAUGCUCCAACUUCGUCCGGAGAUGCGUAUCAGCGCCAACGAGGCCCUGCAGCACCCGUGGUUCCACGAUCUGCCCCAAAUCCAGGCUAAACUGCAGCAGCAGCAACAGCAGCAGCAGAUGGCUGGGUAUGGAGGUAUGAUCCCACCCCAGCCUGCGUAUUAA